AUGACACCUUACAAAGAGGCGCCUGCAAAGAAGGAUGCCGAGAUUCUGCUGGGGACGGGCGUGACGAUGGUGAUGCUGAUGCUGGUACCGCACAACUCCGCCAUGUUUUUGGCGGGAGUGAGCUCGAAUGCGGUUGGAGCACUCUGCAGUGAAUUGGAGCAACAGCAGAUCCCAACAAUUGGCAUGGCCCACUUCAGCAAGGAAGCUGGGAAGGUGCUUUGCGUCAUGGACAUAGGGCAAUCAGUUGGCCGCAUCAUGGGCUCAAUGCAGCCUCCACUGCGUGUGACUACGGCAAGAUUGCACACAUCAACAAGAGGCCAGUGA